AUUAUUAUUUUUUUUUUGGUUUUUCCUCUUUUGUCCCACACUAAGUCUGUGAUGGGACUCUUGUUGGGGGAGAAUUACUUAAAACUUAUCAGAAAUCCUAUAAAAGAGAUUUCCAGAAAUUUGCCGCAAGGGAGGGAAAGAUUUUGGACUGCUGCGGUGCCGGCUUGCCGCUGCUCACUGCCACUGCUCACAUCUCAGGCAUUGGCGGGAUGGAAAUCUAUUUGGUGACCCAAAUCAUGUGGAGCCAGCCUUACAUACUAGGAUUUGGUUGCUGCUGCUCACUGCUCAGGCAAAGAAGGAUAAAAUUUGUUGCCAGAAAAAGGAAUAGAUAAGGAUCAGGAAG